AUUCGUGCUAUUAGUACACAACGAUUAAAAACUUUGAUGAAAUUGCUAAUAUAUCUGUGUGUUUAUACCUGUGCCCAGCUGACCCAGGAAUGUGUCAAACUCAUGCCGUGUUGCAAAGGAUUAUUUUUCAUGUGCGUAAAAAAGACCCAAUGUCAACUUUGGCCCCAAAGUACUCUAUUACUAAAAGCCCUUUAAUCUUGCUUCCUCUCUAUGAGUUGAAGAUUUUGUUACGCUGUAACUUUUACACUUCACUGCACUUUGCAUUAGAAGGAGCUCGAGCUCAGCUUCAACAUGCGACAGUGCGCUGUAAACCGUUUACUACCUUCGAAGGCGAAUGAGACGAGAAGUUGGAAAUAUAACCUUGAUGAUGAUGCAUGACCGCUCCACAACGCGACCUCACGCUUUCAUCGGACAUUGAAACUCACGUUUGAAAUCAGUUUAUCUUCAGCCCUAGCCCUUGCACGUGCUAAGUGUCAUCUUAUUACGUACGCUAUCUGCUCUCUGUGAAAUAGUUCAAUCUUCAAAAUGAUCGAGUUCAUCGUUGGGGUUUAUCGAUUGGUGAUCGGUACGAUAAUAUACUAUUUGCAUAAUCGAUUCAUCAGAAUCUGGACCAGUUCUCCCAGACCGACUGUGCACGUACGACAAGGAAAAUUGCGAGGUAUAUCGACAAGUCUUCCGAAUGGAACAGAAUAUCACUAUUUCAAAGGAAUUCCGUAUGCCAAGGCUCCAGUAGGUGAACUCAGAUUCAAACCACCUGUGCCGUUAGAGAAAUUUGAUACUCCUACCGUUGAUUGUGCAGUUGAUAGAGAUGAGUUCAUUCAACCCAACAUGUUCAUUCCAUUCAUAAUAAGAGGAUCGGAAAAACAACUUCAUCUGAAUGUGUACACCUCACAACUACCGGAACUUCUUGGAUGGAAUCCUUUCCUUCCGGUGAUGAUCUAUAUUCAUGGUGGGGGCUACGUUCACGGAUCUGAUUGGACGUUUUUGCACGAUCCGAAACAUUUCGUGCAGGAAGGCGUUGUUGUUGUGGUGAUCAGCUAUCGUCUUGGGCCGUUUGGAUUUCUGAGCCUUCCCAGUAUGGGAAUUGCGGGCAACGCUGGACUGAAAGAUCAGGCGAUGGCUUUCAGAUGGGUGAAGGAGAACAUAAAUCAAUUUGGAGGUGAUCCUGAGAAUGUAACUAUUUUUGGUGAGAGUGCAGGCAGUUGGUCAACAUACUUGCAUUAUCUUUCUGCAAAUUCCAGAGCAUACUUCAAAAGAGCCAUCUGCCAGAGUGGAGUUGUGUGCACGGAUUCCUUCUUCCAAGUAGAGCCGGAGGAAAAGGCUAGAAAGCUGGCCAAAAUUUUAGGAUACAAAGGAUGCUCAGAUCUCGGAGUUUAUGAAACUCUUAUGAAGGCACCUGCACACCUGUUAGCCAAACAUCAGCAUGAAGUUGCUGACGAAGAUGAGAAAAAGCUGCCGAUGAAUUUUCUCUUUCGACCAGUGAUUGAGCAAAUUGAAACGGAAGAUAGCAUAAUCACUUCCAGUCCACAACAAAUCCUCAAACAAACUGACACAAUGGAUAUGCCUUUAAUCACAGGGUGCACAAAUGGCGAAGGGAUGUUGGCUUACUUCUAUUUGAGACGAAAAAAUCAACUGGAUGCAUUCAUCACAGAACCGGAAAGACUAGUGCCGUGUUAUUUGCGAGAAAACAAAGCACUUAAUUUAGGGGAAGUUGGAACACAGAUCAAGCAGUUCUUUUUCGGAUCCAGGAAAAUCAAUAAAAACAAUAAUCAACAUCUCUGUGAUCUUUUGUCGGAUAACACAUUUGUCACGACUACAAUGAUCAAUGCCGAGUUGUUGGCAAAACAUCAACCUAGGGUACAACAUUUUCACUAUAGAUUCACAUUCCACGGUCGAUUCGACAUCUUCAAAAGGCUUCAGAGAACAGGGCAGUUUGAGGGAGCAUGCCAUGGAGAUGAUCAGUUCUACAUGUUUGACUCGCCUAUGCUCCCAAAUCUCUCGUUGGAUUGCGAUGAAGUCAAAGUGCGGAACAACUUUGUGCGGCUGUGGACCAACUUCGCAAGGUAUGGUCACCCAACGCCAACGAGCCAUGACAGUCCGGUUUGGCCAGUAGCUGUGAAACAUCCAAAUGCUGACUUUAAAGAAUUCAAUAUGACCUACCUCAACAUCAGCAGAGAGCUGCGUGUUGAGCAAAACCCUGACAAACAGCGGCAUGCAUUCUGGCGAAGUAUGAUAGCACAGUACAAGGCAGAUUUGCUGUAAUAGCGAUUGAUUCACGAUGAUUAGGAAAUUUUUAACUAAAUUUGUAAGACACUAAA